GUCCUGUCCCAAUUGCAAUUGCAGUGGUUGUGUUUUCGGCAAUCCUCAAGCAGUGAAAAUGCUUGGUUGCAGAAUCGCAUUGGCCCGCGGCAACUCAAAGCUAAGCUUGCAGCCCUGGAGGAAGAGUUGGCGCAGAUGGGAGCGGAUCCGGGUCCAGCGCACGAAGAAGUGGACGACGCUCCUGGUGAACCUGGAGCUGGUGCGCCCUUCAUCGACAUCAUGAGCCGACUGCUGAUUGUCAUCCUCCUGUUGAUCGGGUGUGUGGAGCGACACCCAGGGCAACCCGUCAAACGCUUGCAGAUCAAGAUCUCGGACGCGGUGGAGCCAGUUCCGGAUGCUGAUGCUAGGCAGCUCCUCUACAAUUCCGAGAUGGAGAAGAGGAGGAAGGCGAUGAGGGCUGUUACCGCAGUGCCAGAAGCGGCACCCCCGGCCGAGGUGGCUGCUGAAGCAGCACCCCCGCAGGAUGAAGAGAUGUUGCAGGCGCUUGAUGCUGUUCAGGAACCCGUACCAGAAGGUCUGGAACGGGAGAGCAAGGCGAGGAACGAGCUGCAGAACAAGACGGCAAGCCAAGAGGGCAACAAUCCGUUGGAGAAAACAACGGACUGCUCUUCGAAUGAUGAUGCCCCCAUUGCUAGUUUGCGACGCCCCGUAAAGAAGAAGCGGGAAGAGGAAAUGCUGCAGCCGCCCGAGCAAUCGUCUGUGGAUGAGGAGCCGGCGGAGAACUCGAGCAGACAAUCAGAGAAAACUCGGGAAGACGGACCCGAGUCGGAGCAGGGCUCAGAGGAGGUCCCAGAGUCGCAGGGCGAGGAUAUCGAAGGGGUCGAGUACGACCGGGAGGAGGAGACGGAGGAUCAGGAAACCUCCCAGGACAGGGCCAUGAUGGACGAAUCGACUCAAGACCCGGUCGAUCCUCUCAUAGCGUACGCCCGGAUGGACGCAGAGAGAGAGGAAGCGGAGUCGGAGGAAGAGCCAGAGAACCGGGUCGUUAAAAGACGACUGCCAGCAGAUGGGAAGAGUCAGCCAGAGCGACCGAGGCGCAAGUCCUACCAGCUUGAGCCCUCUCAAGAAAGCGACCCAGAGAACCCUCUAGAAACAGGAGCGCACGCGGGCUCGCACGGGAAAGAAGAGGGGGGCACGGAGGGGGCCCGCAGAGAGGACCCCGUAGAUCUGUCCCAGCCCGAGCCAGACAGCCCUCCUCUCACGGAGGAUCAAGAGGAUGAUGAUGUGGACAAGAAGAAGCCAUCCAGGGACGAAAAAGCGGGAGAGGAGCCCAAGACCGGUGGCGAAAGCAACGCUCCCUUGUCGGUGGACGGGAAGAAGCCAUCCGGCAACGAGGACGCGGAAAGGGAGCCAAAGACCGGUGAAGGAAGCAACACCCCCCUGUCGGCCGAGCCGGCACUGUACGCGGUCUUCGAUCGCUUCAACAAGGGCUGGUUUUCGAGGAAGGAUCCGGCAUCCGGACUCGGGCCCAAAGACCUCGCCGUGCAGCACAUGUGGAGCAGUGGGGACAGGCUGAUCGUGGCCAGCGACGUGAGUCCGACGGCAGGCACGAAGAUGUACGGCACUUUCGCGACCCCCGCGGCCCUGGCUGCCCACCUCGCUCUGUUCCCGACGGUCGGGAUCGACCCCGUCUUGUACGAGGGGCUCCUGUCCGAGACCCCAUCCCGCAUCUACAACGAUCUGGACAACGAGGUGCUCGAGCGCGACGAUGAGGCCUUCGCCGUCCGCGUCCGCCAUUUCGAGCUCGUGAGGGAUGCCUUCCUCACUAGCGUCCUGCUCAUCCCCGCGGAGGAGAUCGCGUUCCAGUCCUGCCGGGCGAACGGGGGGAAGGCCAAAACGUACAAGUACAGCAGGCACGAGGUCAUGCAGGGCUUCUUCCUGCGAGACCACCGCGCGCGCCUCCUGUUCAAGCAUGCCUUCGAGCGCUUCCAGUUGCACCUGCCGGACGAGCUGAGCCACUGCACCCCGUUCCUGACCUGGCUCGACCCGACGAGCGGAGGGGUCAAGCCGUUCUGGGACCCGAAGCCGUAUGCCUCCUUCCAGUGCUGGCGGACGCUCUACUCGAGCAAGAUGGGGUCCCUCCGCCCGCUCUUGCCCGAGGAGGGGAGCUCCGUCCGCAUCGAGGACCACCUGAUCGGCGUCUACGACGAGGGAGCGCUCCACAGCAUGCGCGAGAUCGACACCACCCUCUUGGAGGGUUACAUGAGGGGCUCCACCCCUUCGGGUGCCCCCAGGAGCGCCCCCCCGGGAGCGGCCGAUGAUGCGGCCGUGCCACCGAUGGCGGGGACGUCCGGCGAUGGCGGGGGAGGAGCGAGCAAGGAAGGCGAGCAGGAAGCGCCGCCUCCAUCGACGGUGAGAGCGCAUAAAAACCACGCUGAGGAAGCAGGCAGGAGGGAGGAACCGGUUCGAGGAGCCCCCCGACCCGAGUUGGACGUCGACGCCGGCGACAUCCAGACGAAGGUUGCAGAUGAUAUCCUGCAGACGCUCAAGUUUUGGGGCAUCAACUCGUGCACGUUCCGCAAGGCGAAGCCUCUGACAGGCGGUGCGGUGGGGAUGAUGUACAUCUUCGAUCGGAGCUUUGAUGCUCCGGGGGGCGGCGCGUGCCCCUUUCUGGAUGUUGGUCAGCUCCACUCCAGCAACUACUUCUUCGUCGAAAGACGGGGCACGCGGCUCAUCUAUUGCUGCAAUAGCUCGACCUGUCGGUCUCAGUUCGGCCCGUGCAGAAGGAAGAACAUCGGCUAUCUAACGAGCGCCACCAGCUCCAUCUUCUGCGAUGCGCUUCCCUUCACGGACAUCCUCACCAACGUGAUUGACAUCUUCGGCCCGGAUUUCCUCGCCUUCAACCUGAGCAAAGGCUCCGGCGAUCGAGGUGGUGCGGACAUCCUCCACGCUCUCCAUAAUGCGAGGGGUAUGAAGGUCGCCUUUGCACCUGGCUCGGUGAUGAAGUUCUGUUAUUGGAGCGGGCGCAAUUGGAGGUGGGACGAAUUGGAUCAAGUCAUCACCCACGUGUUCCAGGACCAGCUCUUGCGUGUUAAACGGGAGUUCGUCGAUCACUGCACGGCAAACGACCUCGAUGAGCCAAAAAAAUACACGGACUUCCGCUCGAACGCACAGAUGAACAACAUAGUCACCACAGCGAAACGCCUCUUCCGCAAUCAGGCCUUUGUGGGCGGCCUCGAUCAGGACCUCGAUAUUUUUCCUCUUGGAAACGGCGUCCUCGAUAUCCCGUCGGCCACCCUUCGGCCCCAUCAUCCUCGUUUCAUGAUCAGUCUGAUCCACGACAAGCUCGAUUGGCCCGAUACCGGCCUCCACACCCCGCUCACCGACUUCGAGCCGUUCAUAUGCGAGGUGAUCGGCAAAAAUGUGAAGUACUUCCAGGUGCUCAUGGGGUACAUGCUUACGGGGCAGACGAACAUGCAGUUUGUCUGCUUCUGGGUCGGCGCUGGAGCCAACGGCAAGAGCACUUUGAACAACAUCUGCCAAGAGGUGCUGGGUCCGUGGUAUAGAGACGUCGGCAAGAGCCUGCUAAUGACCAGUAGCAAGGACCAGAAAUCCAGCGCGGGAGCCGCAUCGCCGCAUCUAGCAGUCCUGAAGGAUGCGCGGCUGGUCAUUACCGAAGAAAGCGAUGAUAUGGAUCACAUCGACAAGACGUCUUUCAAGAAGCUGAGUGCCGCCCGGAAGCUCACCUUCCGCAAGCUAUAUGAAGACGUCUCGACCUGCAACAUGACACACAAGCACGUCGUGCUGACGCAGCAGCUCCCGCACGUGGAUCCGGACAUUGGGAUCAUCCGACGGAUCAUGAUCGUCACAUUCCUUAUGCGCUACUUCCAUGAUCGCGAGGCGGGGUUCGACAGGAAUAACCCCCUACACAAACGGGUAGAUCCGACCAUGGAGACCCGGAUGUUGGAGCCUCGCGUGAUUCAGCAAGCGCUAGUUUGGAUGGUCAUCGGGGCAAAGAAAUACUACGAAGCAGGGAAGUCGGUCGGAGCGGUUCCGGCUGAGUUCUUGCAGGCGUUGGAAGAAUACGUGCGGGAGGAAGACAAAGUUGGGACGUUUGUCGAAGAGUAUUGCGAGCUCGGUCCGCAAGCGACCCACCGAGUUCGACAGUCCGUGUUCGUGGAUGUAUACAAUCGCGAGAUGGGAUCCGCUGUUCAGCCAAGGCACCCAAGCUUUUGGAAGAACUUUCUCAAGGCCUUCCCGUCGGUGCAGAGACUUGAGAAUAAAAAGAGCGGCGGGAACAUCCUUGCUGGGAUCAGGCUGAAGGGCGAUGGGGCCGUGCCCGAGCACGGCGGCUAUCCUUUUUAUAAGGACGAAGAAGCCCUUGUUCAUACUCUGGAGACGGAACUCGCUGAUUCUGGGUGCGUCAUCGAUUCCAAAGUCAAGCUAUCGCCGACCGUGUACCGGUACUCGAUCGACGGUGACAAGGUUCAGACGUACGCCAUCAAUACGCUGGACGAGCGCGCGCACGAGGUCCCGGAAGUGGCUUCACUGCUUCCAACUAUCUCCGCUGUUUUCUUGGCGGGAUACGCGCCUAUUUUCAACGGUCUGCUUCCCAGCCUGAAGACCAUUUACGCCUCCCCGAUCGUGGAAGACAUGCUCUACGACGAGUGGACGAAGCAAUUUUGCAAGGGGCGGGAGGUCGAAUGGCUUCGCGUGUACGAUUCCGAUUGCUCGGAUAGAGACGUCUUCGACAAGCUUCCAACGUGGUCGGAUGACUCGGAGUACUCGGAGAGCCAGUAUUCGGACAGUCAGCAUUCCGACAUUGAGUGA